UCACAAAUCUUCCGUUAACUAAAAAAUUAUUAUCUGAUCCAUGGCCUCGUUUUCUUCAGCAUUGAUCAUUGUUUCAUCCCAAACUCCAAUCCCCAGAACCAAAAUUUCAGAAAUUAAGAAAAUAAACCUCAAGAUUACACCUACCUCUUUCUCUACUGCCCCGAAAUUUACAACUUCCCAAUGUCAUAAAAUCGUUUCUAAACCCCAAAAAACCUUCAGUUAUCUGUCUACACAACCUUUCAUUGCUGAUGAAUCUUGCCUUGAAAAUUCAGAAGUGGUAGAGGUAUUCAAGCAGAUAUUAGGAAAAGUUGGAGCAGAUUCAUUUGAAUGCUUGGCCAUGAUUGAUGCUGUUCAACGAUUAGGCAUCGACCACUAUUUUGUACGACAGAAUGAAGAAGUUCUUGGAAAGAAGUAUGCCUUAUUCUGUGAAAAUGGUCUUCUUGGCCGCAAUCUUUAUAAGGCUGCACUUUCCUUUCGGUUGCUUAGACAACAUGGUUACCAAGUGCCAGCAGGGAUAUUUAAUGUGUUCAAAGACGGGAAGGGAAGGUUUAAGCAUGAACUCAGCACGGACAUUACUGGGUUACUGGAAUUAUAUGAAGCUUCACAGCUAAGUAUAGAGAGAGAAGAUAUACUUGAUGAAGCAAGAGAGUUUAGUGCCCAACACCUCAAAGCAUGGGAAGAAAAACUUAACCAUUCUCAUGCUAGAUUUGUGAAGAAUACACUGGAUCAUCCUUAUCAUAAAAGCCAAUCAAGAGUCGUGGUCUCAAACCUCCUUGCGAAUCUCCAAGGUUGUACGAAUGAGUGGAUGUAUGCCCUACAAGGACUAGCCAUGAGGGAUUUCAAUUUAGUCCAUUCCUUACACCGACAGGAAAUAAUGCAAUUUUCCGAAUGGUGGAAUAAUCUUGGUUUGGGUAAGGAGCUGGAGUUUGUAAGAGAUCAACCGGUGAAAUGGCACAUUUGGUCCUCGGCAUGCCUUGCAGAUCCGAGCUUGUCAGAGGAGAGGAUUGAACUCACAAAACCAAUUUCGCUUAUUUACGUAAUUGAUGACAUCUUUGAUGUCAAAGGAUCACUUGAAGAACUUACUCUCUUCACAGAAGUUAUCAAUAGAUGGGAUUAUGCUGCCAUUGAGCGGCUUCCAGGCUAUAUGAAGAUAUGUUUCAAGGCACUUCAUGAAAUUACAAAUGAAAUUAGUCACAAGGUGUACCAGAAGCAUGGAUGGAACCCGGUGGACUCCCUUAGAAAAACGUGGGUGAAUUUAUGCAAUGCGUUUCUAGUAGAAGCGAAAUGGUUUGCUUCAGGGGAGCAACCAAAUCCUGAUGAGUACUUGAGGAAUGGGAUAAUCAGUUCAGGGGUGCAUAUUCUCCUCGUGCACGUUUUCUUUCUGUUAGGUCAAGGUCUAACAAAGGAAAAUGUAGAGGUAAUUGACAAUAAUCCGGGCAUAAUAUCAUCCGUGGCAACUAUUUUGCGACUCUGGGAUGACUUAGGAAGUGCCAAGGAUGAGAAUCAAGAAGGCCAUGAUGGAUCUUAUGUGUAUUUCUACAUCAAGGAACAUCAAGGGGUUAGAGUGGAGGAGGCACGGAACCAUGUUAAUCAAAUGAUUUCAAAGGCUUGGAAGCAGCUGAACCAAGAAUGCCUCUUUCCAAAUCCACUUUCAUCUUCUUUCAAAAAUGCUUCUCUCAACUUUGCAAGAAUGGUCCCUUUUAUGUACAGUUAUGAUGAAAACCAACGUCUCCCAAGCCUGGAGGAUUACAUGAAGUCACUUCUCUGAGAAACAAGAAAAUAAAAACUUCAGGAAAAGAGAUAGCUAGGUAAUUUAGCUCUUACCUCAACUAGACAAGAUAUAAGUUAAUAAGUUUGGUUAUUAUAAAGAUUUGAAUUCUUGUUAUCUAAUAGAUGUCUCAAUAAUUAAGAGUUUAAAUCUUUAUGUAAGAAGUCUUAAGUUCAAAACUUGAGUUGUAUAAAUAGAACUAUCAUAA